AUGACAAUUGAGUUGGAAGAGCCACCUUUGGCCGAAAAUAUCCAGGUCGUCAAAGACCUAUUUGGUGGAACUGUGGGAGGCAUUGCUCAAGUUUUGGUGGGUCAGCCGUUCGAUACGGUUAAAGUCAGAUUACAAUCUGCCCCAGAAGGUACAUACACAGGAGCAUUGGACGUUGUUAAAAAACUUCUCGCUAAUGAAGGACCAAAAGGGUUCUAUAAAGGAACCUUGACUCCUUUAAUUGGAGUCGGAGCUUGUGUUUCCGUUCAAUUUUCAGUCAAUGAAUCGAUGAAGAGAUACUAUGAUGGAAUCCAUCAUGGUCAACCAUUAAGUAUUCCACAAUUUUUCAGUUGUGGUGCCGUUGCUGGUUUCGCUAACGGGUUUCUUGCUUCGCCAAUUGAGCAUAUUCGUAUCAGACUCCAAACCCAAACCGGUGCUACCAAGGCAUUUGCUGGUCCCAUAGAUUGCGCCAAAAAAUUGUAUAAGAACAAUGGAAUUGCUGGACUUUUCAAAGGUUUAACCCCUACAUUGGUCAGAGAGUCUCUUGGUUUGGGAAUCUACUUUGCAACAUAUGAAGCUCUUAUCGGUCGAGAACUAAAGGUGCAAAAGAAUAUAGCGAGGGCAGAUAUUCCUGCCUGGAAGUUAUGUCUCUUUGGUGGACUUUCAGGCUACACUUUGUGGAUCGGAAUCUACCCAGUUGAUGUGAUAAAAUCAAAGUUGCAAACUGACUCGUUAGAAAAACCUGCCUACAAAAGCUGGACUCAAGUCGUAAAAGACAUUAAUCAACGAAGCGGAAUUAAAGGGUUUUAUAGAGGGUUCAUUCCAACAAUCUUGAGAGCUGCACCAGCUAAUGGUGCCACCUUCGCAGCCUUUGAGGUUACUAUGCGUUUUAUUUCUUGA